ACGCAUUGCUCAUGUGCUGUAAAGCUGGAAACACGGCACCGCGCGAAGUGUGAACGGUUUGUGCGAGUGUAACAUAGCAUCUAACAAGUUGUCUGCAAGUUUACUAUUAGUGGCUAUAAAUGCAGGGUAGAGUGCUACACUUAUUCAGAGUUUUAAGGUGUUGCCAACUGGUAUGCUAGUUUUGUCUGUAAAGGCCAAGUGAUUGAAAACUCGCUCAAUUUAUUUCCCUCCAGAUUAUCAAACUGUGGCUAAUGCUAGCUAAUAUUGCUGUAAAGGAAGAUGCCCCCGAUUACUUUCAAAGGGGUAACUGUGGAGUUCCCUUUCGAACCUUAUGAAUGUCAAAAGGACUAUAUGACCAAGGUCAUCGAGUGUCUGCAAAACAAGGUAAAUGGGAUUCUUGAGAGUCCAACCGGCACGGGUAAGACCCUCUGCCUGCUGUGUGCAACCCUUGCCUGGAGAGACUACUUCAAAGACACCAUUUCGGCUCGGAAGAUCGCAGAGAAACUGGGCGGGGAAGAGCUGUUUCCGGACAGACCCCUGUCGUCGUGGGGGACGGCUGCCACAGACGGCAACACGCCCACGUAUUACACGGACAUCCCUAAGAUUAUCUACGCCACUCGGACCCAUUCCCAGCUCACCCAGGUCGUCGGCGAGCUGAAGAACACUUCGUACAGGCCGAAAGUGUGUGUACUGGGCUCCAGGGAGCAGCUCUGUAUCAACCCUGAUGUGAUGAGGCAAGAGAGCAACCAUAUCAAGGUUCAUAUGUGUAGAGCGAAGGUGUCAACGCGCUCCUGCAUCUUCUACAACAAUGUUGAAGAGAAGAGCACCGACAAGGAACUUGCGAACUCGAUCAUGGACGUCGAAGACCUUGUGAAGUUUGGGAACAAGGGGAGGGUCUGCCCAUACUAUCUGUCUCGAAACCUGAAGCAGCAGGCUGACAUCAUAUUCAUGCCCUAUAACUACCUCCUGGAUCAUAAGAGUCGCAAAGCGCACAGUAUUGAGCUGAAUGGGGCCGUGAUCAUUUUUGAUGAGGCUCACAACGUGGAGAAAAUGUGCGAGGAAUCCACCUCCUUCGAUCUGACGCCCUACGACAUGGCGACCGCCAUCAAAGCGGUGGACAACCUCUUGGUAGAGCAGGCAAGGGAUGCUGGGAAGGAAGGGGUGAACGAGGACUUCAACGUGGACUCUCUGAACUCGGGUUUGAAAUUGGACAUUACGUCUAUCGCAAAAAUAAAACAAAUCCUCCUGGACCUGGAGGCUGCUAUCGAUUCCUUUGAAAUUCCUGAUGGCAAAGGGGUGACCAAGCCUGGGAGCUUCAUAUACGAGCUGUUCCAGAGGGCCCAGCUCACCUUCGUCACCAAGGCGGCCAUCUUGGAAGCUCUGGAACAGAUCGUGGGCUAUCUGGCCGGACGGCCUGGAAUUUUUCACAACACGUCCGGAUUGCAGAAGUUAGCGGACAUCAUCGAGCUGGUGUUCUGCGCAGAGCCACCAGAGGGCAGUGCUGGAAAGCACAUUGCAGACAACACUAAAGAGUUCAAGGUUCACAUCCACCGGGACACCAGCCACAAUCGAAAAAAACAAGCCGUGGACGUGUGGGCCUCAUCGUCCUCGAAGAAACAAGGGAACAUCCUGAGUUACUGGUGCUUUUGCCCCGGGUUCAGCAUGAAGGAGCUGGUGCGCCAGGGGGUCCGGAGCAUCAUCCUGACCAGCGGCACCCUCUCGCCCCUCUCCUCCUUCACCUCCGAAAUGCAGAUACCUUUCCCGGUGCGUUUGGAGAACCCGCACGUAAUCCAGCGAGACCAGAUCUUCGUCAGCGUCGUCGACAGAGGGCCCGAUGGCGUGCAGCUGAGCUCGGCCUUCGAUCGGAGGUUUGUUCCUGAAAAUAUGGCUUCGCUGGGCAAUACCAUCGUAAAUUUGGGACGGGUUGUUCCCCACGGCCUACUGGUGUUCUUCCCCUCUUAUCCAGUGAUGGAUAAGACCAUCGAAUUCUGGAGGGCUAACGGGCACGCUGACCGAAUAGAGAAACUGAAACCCAUGUUUGUGGAGCCGCGAGGCAAGGGGACCUUCACUGAGGUGAUGGAUGCUUAUUAUAGUAAAGUUGAUGAUCGUGAAACGAAAGGAGGCAGUUUCUUUGCAGUAUGCAGAGGAAAGGCCAGCGAAGGGCUGGACUUCGCGGACACCUACGGCCGUGGUGUUGUCAUCACCGGCCUGCCGUUCCCGCCCAUGAUGGACCCGAAAGUCAUUCUGAAGAUGCAGUACCUCGACGAAAUGUGCAGAAAGGCUCUGGGUGGAGUCAGGUAUUUGUCCGGGCAGGAGUGGUACCGACAGCAGGCGUCCCGGGCAGUGAACCAAGCCAUCGGCAGGGUGAUCCGGCAUUGCAGCGAUUACGGGGCCAUUUUCCUGUGCGAUCACAGGUUUAAGAGUGCCGAUGCUCGCUCUCAGCUGCCUUCGUGGGUGAAGCCGCACCUCCGUUCGGACGAGAAGUUCGGAAACGUGGUCCGCGACGUCGCGCAGUUCUUCAGAGUCGCUCAGAAACUGAGACCCCCACCGGAGAAGAAGGCCGUGGCGGCCGGCCGCGGGGCCGCGUGGUCCUCGGAAGCCGGGGCCUCCAGCAGCGGGUCCCCCAGUGGUGGGUCCCACCAGCCCUGCCCUACUCUUCUCAGCUCUUUCAUGCCCAAGGCCAAAGCACUGGACUCCCACGUCCCCAGCCUGAAGAAACGCAGGCUCGACGACCAGGCGACGGGGGGCGGAACGGCCCGGCUCUGCAUCCAGUACGAGGCGGAUAUGGACGACCGGAGGAAGCCGACAGGUCUCCUGGACGCCCUGGAGGACAGCGACAGGACCAGGCGGGACGACAGGGACCACCUGCCGGGUGAGGAGAAGGCGAGCCGGCUGUCCACCCUCUCCCUGCAGCACGACAAACGGCUGGACGACGAAUCGCGGGGCGGAAGGCGCAAAAUCCGAUUGGUCCAGGAGCCGAACAAAAUGCUUCCUCAAAGUUCUCAAGAGGACACCAAAGCAGAAAAGGCCAAAUUGCUUAUUGCGGCAAUGAAGCGGUCACUAAGUCAGGUGAACUCCCACAAAAUCCUGGAGGCCCUGCAGACCUACAAGAGGACGGACGACCUGGACCAGCUUCUGCUGGUGUUGGUGGAGCUGUUCACGAAAGAUGCAAACACUCACAUCCUUCUGAGAGAGUUCUACCAGUUCAUUCAGCCUCACCACAAGAAGCGGUAUGAUGAGACGUGCCGGGAGCUGACUGGGAUUGGGUGUGGCUACAAGCCGGAGCACUCUCUGUCCAAAGCGCAGAAGGACAAGCUAAUGCAUCAGAGUGAUACCAGUGUACUUAUCAGGAGCGUGCACGUCUCUGACACGCCCUCUUAUGAGGAGCGUGCAGCGAAGGCCGAAAAGCAGACCUCCCUCGCUGCCCCCGCGUCCUCCCAUGAUCAGCUGAACACCAGCGCCUUCCUGAACAAAGGAGGCUCCCACCUUUUUCAUCUCGGCACCAGCAAUGCAAACGGCGAGCCGCCAUCUCGGAAGACGGUCGUCACGCCAGGCCAACCUAUGCAGAAGAGCAAAGUCUAUUCUGCGUUUAUCGCCGACGUCAAGAAUGCAUUCGGAACGGAAAAGUUUAAACGGCUGUUAAUGGCAGUUCAGGAGUACAAAAAUACAGACAAUUAUGAAAGCAUGGUCUCGGAGGUUGUGAGUUUGUUCACGGAGAGAUCGGAAGGUUUUUCUCUUCUUAGAACCUUCUCCAUGUUCGUGCGGCCUCAGCACAAGGAGCGCUUCCUCAGGAUGGUAGAGGACCUAUCGGGGGGGGGCACAGCCUCGCCCUCCCCAGCUCCAGCAGCCGAGGACCCCCAGGUGCGCCUGGAAGCGCCAGGUUCCAGCGAGACGUCAGCGAGAGGACAAAGCAAGAUCUCCGCCUUCUUCUCUUCCAGUCAGAGAAAGUAGGCGUCGCCACCACCACGCCGCGCCGCGCAGCCAAGAGUUCCCCGCCCGGAAAGUUUGUCCGUCCUGCUCCCAAUGUGUCAACGUUUCCAGGACCUCCCGGCCUCGCCUGUAACAGAAACAGAAACCGGGGGGGGGGGGGGGGGUGGCUUUUCUUCUAAGCAGGUGUAGGCUCAAUGGAGACAGACAGAAGUUUUGUUUUGCAAGCCAAGGAUUUGCCUUUUUGGAUGGCGCAAGAUGUAUGGAACGCACCCUCCACCCGGCACCUCUGUGACUGGCCGCCCGGCCGGUUCUUUCAGUACUGGACGACUGUGCACGGCUACCCUUUAAGGAAAACCGGGAAUUCAAGUUCACCUUUAGCAAGAAACUGCAUUUUGCUGGAUGUGAUGAAUGACUAUGAGAAUGGGUCAGGGUUCUGUCUAAAAACGAGAAUGUUAACAUUACAGUGCUGGCGUAGGAAAGGGCACGCAAAUUAUUAUAAUUUUUUUUUCAUUCAGUAUUUGCUUUGUUACAAUUUGUGAAAAUAACCAGCUUGGAAUACUGUUUAAAGAAAAUAUUUCAAAUGGUAAAAAUGUUCAAACUUGAUAUUAAAAUUAUUUUCUAUAAAGGUAAGCUUUUUGUUUGCUAAAGAAAAAUUGAAUCCCACGUGGACCAAUUCAAUGGCAUACCUUGUCAAAACUUGUUUACGGGUUGGGAAAGUGUCUUCUUGUUCGCAUUGACUGAAUGGUGAAGGAGAAUUAGUAACUGUUUUGACGGCAGUGAUUAUUAUUGUUGUUAUUAGUAGUAGCAGUAGUAAUAGUAGUAGUGUUAAUAUUAGUAUUGCAAUUGCCAGACGAGCAAAAUAUAGAAAAGAAUGGUGUGUUCAGCCCAUUCAGACUUCGCAUUUACAUUUAUUGUGUUAAGCAGCGGUGGGCAGGAGGGCCAUGUCCAUUUGUGCGUUGCAGUUACUGACAUUUCUGGGCAGGUUCAUGAAUCCCAACUGAAGACUGUUCUUGUGUCCCCAUAUGAACCUCCCCAUGUGUUCUUUUCUACGGUUCCAGACGAACCAGCUUCGUUGCUAAAUAUCUGCAUGAACCAGGGUAACGGGUGCAAGAACAUGAAUGCAAACGGAUCCUAGAGGAACAGCCUUGCCCACCUCUGAUCCAAAGCGAAUUUAGCACUAUGUCAAGGCUUGUCUUGACAACGCCAAGGGUCUUAGCCUCUACUGCAUGACCAGACGAGCUCGCACAACAUUUCUAUCAAAUUCUAACCAGGUUUAUGAAGAGUUGUGAGGCUGUUGAUUUCUUUGGAAUUUUAAAAGAAAACACAGUCAAUUAAAUAAACCUACAAACAAACCAGGCUCUAAAACGUUUCCAAAACAGCUAACAGCUAGCAUACAAUGAGAUUAUGCCACUUUGGGAAUUUUGGAAUUCCACACAUUUCCCGUACUGGUUCGUUUCAUUGACUUCUGUUUCUGUCUGGAAGGAAAUAAUCUCGGCCGUACAUGGAAUGCAAAGAUGGUAUUGAAACCUGAUUGGUGACCAAUGAUUGUUGCAUCAUUUGGUACCGCUACGUUCGUUUAAAUGCUCAGGAAGUGACAAAAUAUAAUAAUAAUAACAAUCGUAAUGAUCAUUAAUAAUAAUAAUAAUAAUAAUAAUAAUAAGUUAUUUAUAUAGCACCUUUCGUUCAACACAUGCCACCCUCAAUGCUUUACACGAAGGUUAAAACAAAAGCACAGAUUGACAUAAAAAUACGGAUUAAGCACAAUAAGAUUUAAAAAAGAAAAUCCAUGAAAUUUGAAUUCCCGUUGAAGUGACACGAGUGCAUGCGUGUUAAAUAUGUGUAUGUAUUAAGAGUACUUUAAAAAUAAAUGAUCAAUUGUUAA